AUGAACACCGCCACAGGUCCUCUACUCCCCUCUUCCUCCGAGGCGUGUGACCCGCCAGAAUACAGCAACGCCACCACCACGACAACCACCGCCAACGAACCCCCGGCCGACCAGCCCCCGACGUACCGCGAAGAAAGCGGCCCAGACCCAGAUGAGAUCCUCCCGCCGGCCACAUUCGCCCUGCACGGCCGCUUCAUCUACCUGGCGACUGACUCCAGCUCCACCACCACCACCACUACUGCUACCACCACGACCACCUCCUCCGACCCGCUGUACCAGCUCUCGCGGGUCAUCCACGUCACAAGCCGCGCAACAGAAUCCAUCGAUUUCCAGCGCCUCGACUACCGCGUGCGCACCACCACCGGCAAUACCGGUGCCCAGGAUUCCUUUUCUCCCAAGGUAUCCCGCCGGCCGCACGACGUGUACCAGCUCAAGUACACGCCGGGGCUAGCGUACACGGGGCUGCAGCCACAGUUCCGCCUUCUGCCGCAAUCGCGAAAAACGGUCGGGGAGGUUUCGAUCGAGAGGGGAUCGCUUCCUCUUUUCCGGUCCGGGUGGCGCGCGCUGAGGGUGCUCGGCGAGGGGGAGCGGAAGAGGCUUGAACGGGAGGGAAAGAAGGUGUCUAAGAAGGGGGAGUAUCAUUUCGUGAUCAAGGAGAAGGGGCAGGGGCAGGAGGACGGGUGGGAGUGGGUUGAUCCGGCCGGGAAGGUGGUUGCUAGUCAGCAGGUGUUGGGCAGUGAAGGGGGAGAAGCGGCGGCGGCGGAGGUCGAGUAUAGGCUCAAAGUGUUGGUGCCGCUGCCACGAAGGGUUCUGGAUGGCUUGGUCGCCAUGUGGUGUCUGUGGUUGUGGCGGAUUCACUUGGAUAAGACGACGGAGCGGAAGACGUGGGAAGAUCGGAAACGCAUAUUGCACCAGCGUCGCCAAUACGUAUCGAAGAUGGGAUGGUGAAAGACUGGGCGGAUCAUCAUGGCGGUUUUCGGCACUGUUCCGGUCAUUGGGAGGCGACUGUAUUGAGGGAGCUGUGAGGGCAACUCCCUUUAGCUCGACUGAUUUGCGCCAACCCGGAUGAAGCUCUGGGGAAGAUGGCCAUCUCCCUACCUUAACUGAUAGGAGAUCAUAGGAAUGCAACAUCCCUGCUCAUGCUUAAACUGAAUCAACGCACGCGCAUGAUAGUGCAGCUUGGGCGAGGCAGCUGUGGAAGCUAGGUGUCUCUGACAAGGUCAGGUCGACCUGCUUCCGCUCGUAUGCCGUGGCAAGCACCGCCUCGUUUGAUUUAAUCUAAUGUUACGUAGACACUUACCG